GCUUGGACGGAUUUGGAUCGACCAAAGCUUGUCACUCACUCGACCAGUGUCGCGCAGCACUUGAAUCCGUCGUUCUUAAAUAACCACUCGCGCAGUUCCCGGAGAUUCUCUAAACGCUAACGACCACCCUUCGAACCCUUCCAUCCUUAUCAUUAGCUACCAACUUCAGUCAACCCACCAGCCAUGGAAGCUCUUAUGCGCGUCACCGAUGUUGUUAAAAGGCUCAAAGAAACCCGCCUCAACGCCCUUCGCCCUCCAACGGAAUUUUUCGAUUUUCACCGGAUCUCGAGACCUGAGGAUGUAAACCAGGCUGUUUCUAGAAUAUCAUACAACACCCGGUACUUCUCCGCGAACUAUAUGUUCAUCAUAGCCCUCCUGGGAGUCUAUGCUCUCCUUACCAGCCCCCUCCUCCUCUUUUCGCUCGCCUUCCUUACUGGCGGCUUCGCAGCGAUCAACAAGUUUGCCCCUGACCCGGUUCAAGUGGGUGACCACGUCAUCACCCAAAAGUCCCUGUACACAGCUCUCUUCGUGAUUGGCAUCCCCUUGUUGUGGCUCUCAUCUCCUUUCAUGACUUUCUUCUGGCUCGUCGGUGCAUCAUCCUGUCUUAUUCUUGGACAUGCGUGCUUGAUUGAGCCGGGUAUCGAGAGCGAGUAUUCAACUAUCCAGGACGCCGUGUAAUACAAUUUCCCGAUAGCUUUCCCGAACCACGUCGUCACAUCUGUCCCGCGUUGCUGUUAAUACUCGGACACAAUCCAUACUUGUGGCGCAGGCGUUGAUCGGCCUCCGCGAUACGGAACGGAUUGUGAUCGGUGUCUUCCCAUGAUACUUUCUGGGAAUUCUACCUUUAGUAUGAUAAGGAUUUUCUUUUCUUUUUGAAUGACGCCGUUGC